UCAAACACAUUAAUUAGGCGUAGCGUAGUAACUACAACAUUAAUUAGUGAGACUCAUUGUUUAAUAUCAUUAUCAUGAGUGGCAAAACAACAACAUCAUCAUCAUCAACAACAACAGCUAAGCUGGACGACCAACAGAUAGCGGAUCUGCGGGAGGUAUUUCGGUCAUUCGACAGCAACAACGAUGGAAGCUUAACGCAGCCGGAGAUGGGCUCAAUGCUUCAGUCAUUGGGCCUGAGGCCCAGCCCAGAUCAGGUGGAGGCCCUCAUCCACCAGGCUGACACCAACCACAACGGCCUCGUCGAGUUCUCCGAGUUUGUGGCGCUCGUGGAGCCGGAGCUCCUCCUCUCCCGCUCUCCCUACAAGGAGGACCAGCUGAGGAUGAUGUUCCGGAUGUUCGACAGCGACGGAAAUGGCUACAUCACGGCGGCGGAGCUGGCCCACUCCAUGGCCAAGCUCGGCCACGCUCUCACCAUCGAUGAGCUCACCGGCAUGAUCAACGAGGCCGACAGAGACGGCGACGGUCGCAUCGAUUUCCACGAGUUUGCUACUGCCAUCACCGCCGCGGCUUUCGAUAAUUCAUGGGCCUAACUAGCUUUUAUAUAUCAUUAUCAUUUUUUGUUUGUAUUGUUAAUGUUAUUUAUUUGGAGCUGAAAAUGAUCAUACAUAUAUAUAUUUAUGGUGUUUGUACUGGUAAAAUUAUCAUGAUUUACUACUUGUAUAUUGAUAUU